UAUUUCUUCUCUCUUCCAAUUCUUCAACCCUUUCACUUCUCCAUUACCCUGAUGCCAUAAUGCUUAAUCGUUAUAGCAUUUAUGCGUUGAUAACCUUGCCUCUGGCGACGAUAUUAUAUUAUUUGGGAUGGCUUCACGAAAGACCGCGGUAUACCUCGCCUGAUAUAUUCCAUCGACCUACUUCAUCGCCCGAGCAUGUCGUGGCGGCUUACUACGUUAAUUGGGCAAUAUACGAUCGCAACUAUACUCCUGCUCAUCUCAAAGAAGAUGUAUCAAAAUUAUCUCACGUUCUUUACGCUUUUGCCAACGUCCAUGAUAACGGCACGAUCGUGCUAGGGGAUGACUGGGCUGACAAAGAUAAGCAUUUUGAUGCUGAAUCCAGUGUCAAUGAACUGGCUGACAGCUGGAACGAUGAAGAGGAGAAUCUUUACGGUAGCUUGCAUCAAUUUUAUCUGCUAAAGCAGCUGAACCGUCACUUGAAGGUUUCUUUGAGCGUAGGCGGUUGGUCAUGGUCAGGAAACUUUGCAGCUGUUGCAGCGGAUCCCGUCAAGCGCUCUGUUUUUGCCGCAAACGCUCUUGAUUUGGUAGAAAAUUUCGGGUUGGAUGGUAUUGACAUUGAUUGGGAGUUCCCAAAAAAUGCUAAAGAGGCUCAGUCGUUUGCGGAGCUGCUAAAGGAAGUCCGGCAUGUGUUCGAUACGAAACGAUCGCAUACAGGUGGGACACCUUACCUAUUAUCCGUUGCUAUGUCAUGCAGUCCCGAGACCUACGCACUACUACCCCUUGGCGAAAUGGAACGCUAUGUGGAUUUGUUUUACCUUAUGGCCUACGAUCUUGCAGGGUCCUGGGACGCUGUCACUGGCCAUCAAUCGCCAUUGUACGGAAACCGGCAGAGUAUCGAUAAAACCGUUACGUACUUUACUUCGCAUGGGGUUCCUUCACAAAAGCUUGUCAUGGGCAUGCCACUUUAUGGACGUGGAUUUUCCGCAACCGAUGGUUUAGGCGCGCCCUUUUCCGGAGUUCCAAAAGGCACCUGGGAGGAAGGUGUAUACGACUAUAAUCAGUUACCCCAGCCGGGUGCGACCGAAUACUAUGAUGAGCAGAAUGUAGCUUCUUGGACCUAUGAUAACCAAACGCGUGAAUUUGUUACGUUUGAUUCUCCUCGCGUGGCAAAAGAAAAAUGUCUAUAUAUCGAAGAUCGCAAGCUGGGAGGAGCGAUGUUUUGGGAGUUGAGUGCUGAUCUUCACGGCAACGACGAACGCAGUCUUUUGAACACGGUCUACAACAGCUUCCAUCAACAAGUCAAUUCGUCUCCCAACAUACUUGAUUACCCAAAUAGUCAAUUCCGUAAUAUUCGCGAUCGAUAACUGAAUAAAAAAAAAGGCGACCAAGCCAUCAAUUGGGAUAUCGGAGCGCUCAAAUAGGGUGAGUUCUGCAGUGGCACAUCAGCGGCAUUAAACCACGGGCCAAUAAAGAAGGGAAAUGAGACACCGACCCAAUGACUACUCGGUCGCUGAAUUAAAAAUUUUCACGAGUUGACAGUCAAAGGAUCAUAACCAAAAA